AUGUAUGGUGUGACGUCAUUUCUGUUUGUGGUGACGUCAAUUGCAGGAUUUUGCCUAGAAACCUUGCCCGAACUGCGGCCACAGUACGUCAAUGACACCUCGGCCUGUGAGGGCGACAACCCAGUUCAACUGGGGAGAGUGAUGACAGCAAAUGAAGCGCUGACAAUUGUUGAUAUCAUCUGUACCAUUUUUUUUACUCUGGAGCUUAUACUCAGGUUCAUCUUUGCCCCCGACAAGCUGAGGUUUGUCAUGUCAUUGAUGAACAUCAUUGAUCUUCUUGCCUUGGUGCCUCUCUAUGUUCAAGUAAUCUUCACCAGCUCUGACAAAAUGCAGGCCUGCUACCUGAACGAACGUUUUGUUAUUGAAAUCAUGUUCAUUCUCCGCAUAAUCAGAAUGUUCCGCAUUUUUCAUCUGGUCAAGCAUUACCAAGCUCUGAAGGUCUUGGUUUACGCUAUCAAGGCCAGUAUCCAGGAACUCCUCAUGCUCUUCAUAUUCCUGCUGAUCGGCAUGCUCAUCUUCUCCACCAUGAUUUACUACGCCGAGCGCAAGAACACUACCGAAGGCGGUGAUAUGUUCUCUACAAUCCCUAUGGGCUUCUGGUGGAGCAUCAUCACCAUGACAACUGUUGGCUAUGGCGAUGUUUAUCCUUCCACCCCUAUUGGGUACAUCGUGGGUACAGCUUGCGCCGUCUGCGGAGUCCUGCUCGUUGCUCUAACCAUUCCUGUUAUUUCAAACAAUUUCACCUUGUUUUACCGCCACGUCCAGUCGCGCACCGCCAUUCCGCGCGGGAAAGAUGAUGGCAGUUUGAACUUGGAUUACCAGCUGGAGCGUUCAGACUCUGGAAAGUCCUCAGAAGAUUCUAAUAUCGUCACUUACAUGAAUGGACACGUCUCAGGAGCUAGCCCCUUUGGAGAUAAGAUCAAGCCGGUGAACACUGCAGCCCGUUGGUCAAAGACGGACUCCACGACAAGCGUGUCUUUGAAGAAAUCUGCGUCGGAUUACGUUGUGACCCGGAGUCGAUCUUUUAAAGCUUAUUCUGACGAUGGCGUUUUAUACAAGGAUGAGACGAUUGUUUAA